AUGGCGAGGUCAAAGAUGAGCAGCAAAUCGUCUGAAAAUGCUUGGGCCAACCAGUAUCUCCUCGAUCCCCUGACAGCACCAGAACCCAGCCAAGAAGACGGUCCAGGCAGCACAUUUGUGAAUCCCGACCCUCUUCUACGAACCUUUUCCAGGAGGAACAAGGACUCCACUGCAAGCAAGAACGAGACCCCUCUGCCAACACCGCCCACGUCGGCAAGUCCUACACGCGUGAGCUUCCAGCCUCCCAGCAACACCAGUGUCUCUCGCAGCACCAGUACCCGCAACCACACGGGUUCGAGAAGUCACCCACCACGUCCCGAGAAGCACACGAGGAGCAUCAGCACCCCGGUUACAGGAUUCCACCGCCCCCAAUCCAUAUCGCAGAGAUAUCCCGGCGACAUGUCUCACCGCCCGCUAGACGUUAUCAAGCGCGAGCAGCGCGCUGCUGACCGCUCUCCGCACCUGCGCACCCGCCGCCAUGGACCCAACACGGACAUCAUUGACGGCCUCGAUACCAUGGGCGGAAUUUACCACCAUGGGGGUCCCUAUGACGCCACGCUCGCCUCGCGAAACCGCAAUAAAAUGUAUUCGCCUCUCGACGCCGUGAAGGAUUCCAACAUGGAGGCGCUUAGGGCUACGCCCCGCGAGUAUGUCAUUGAUUCUCUAGAGAGGCAUGUGCCUCUCCAGGGCACUGCCACGAUUCCCGCCGGUUACACCGAUCUCUCCGGUAAAGUCAUGAACUAUGAGGAAGGCGCCGAUCUGAUGCGGGAGGCCGACGCUGCUGGCGGCGCGUACAAGAGGUGGGAUGGCAUUAAAUAUCACCCCGACGACCUCAAGGGCAAGGGUGAGCCAUCGUACACAUAUGAGAAGGAUCUCAAAGAGAAGAAGCGUCUCCGCCAUUCCAUGAAUGCCGGUCCUGCCGAGUACGAGAUGCGAUCGGGCAUGAACCGGGAGCACCGCAAGAACGGUCCUGGUAUGGUUCGCCAGCGCAGUGUCAGCAAUGCCGCCGAUGGGAGGCCCGGACCUGCCGGUACCCUCCGUCCUUCCAACUCACCCCCUGCCGUCGGCUUUUCCAAAAGCACAGAUAUUGGCCGCAGCAAUUCGGCCGGCAAGCGCUUCAGUGAAGGCUUCAAGCGACGCUUUGGCAGUCUUCGUAAGAAAACCCAAACGGAGGCAUAA